AUGUCUACAGGCAAGUGUAACGAUGGACUGGUAACUGAUCCAGAGAUUGUUUCUGCAAACAGUCGAAAAAAGGUGCCCACUGUGAGAGUUAAACAGUGGAACAAAUCUAGUACAAAACAUCCAGCUUGUAGUUUCAGACGUUCAAAUCCACUUUGUCAUAAGGCUGAAAGUGGUCCAACCCAGCGUAUUAUGUCAGCGUGCCUUCACCAGAUCAAGGAACUGAGCAACAAAAUAUGUGAUCUACGCCAGACAUUGAAUGUCGCCAGCUCAGAAAAUAAUCUCCUAAAGCGCCUGCAUGGCCGUCACACUCAAGCCCUCCGUAAAUUUGAAGAUAGCAAAAGUUGCCUGUCUCAGCUCAUCCUUAAGCAGAACUCUGAAGUGAAAAACCUAAAGGAUCUGCUUUCCAGAUCACAGGCACACAACCGAGUCAUUUCCCAAAAGCUGAAAGCCACCGAAGCUGAGCUGAUGGACAUAAGGGACUCUCUUCGGGGGCUGCAAAAGUUGUCUGAUGAUAGGAAGCUAGGAGGAAGGGAACAACUUCUACACAAGUUAGUAAUUAUUACAGGGAAGGCGGACAUGAAGGAGAAGAACAUCAAGGAAAUGGAAACAAAUGUGGAAAUGUGCAACAGCAAGUUUUCUCAUCAACUGGCAGCAGAGAAACGGAAGAUGGCAGAAGCUCAAGAACUCACAGCAUGUUUACAGACAGAAAUUGAUUUAGUGACUCAGAAGAUAGAGGAAAAAGAACGAGAACUGGAAAUUCAAAAUAUUUACUCAAACAGGUUGAUAAAGGGAUCUCCUAGGAAGGACAGCAAGCCAAAGGUUGCUUGUGACUCUAAAUCUGUUCAGACAGAUAUUUUUGAGUAUCAUCUUCUUUUAACCUCAGUGCCUGGUUUGAAUGAAUUACAAAUAAUUGGAGAAAAUGAAAAUCAGCAGAUAAAUAAGAUGGCCAACACUGAAUACAAAGUUAUGAAAAUGAAAGAAAUAGAGCAACUAGAAGCUGAAGAAUUCUUACAUGAAGAAGUAAAAGAAUCCAUUGAUGAGGAGAAAGAAAUUCUCCAGGAGAUCGAAGGAAGCAACUUAGAAGAAGAGGAAGAGAGAGAUUGCACAGAAAUAUUUCCACACAACACCCUUGAAGAAAUAAAUAAGGAAAGUGAAGAUGAACAAGAAGAACUGGAUGACCUUAGUCUUACAGAGGAAAGACAAGACAGUGACAAAGAAUCAAAAGUGCAAGAGUUGCUUGAUCCCACCAUUGUUAAUGACAAGGUGGCACAUGUCCAUGAAAAACCCAGGAAGCACUACACAUUCAAGGAAACGUUUGAGAAUAUGCAUCAAGGUCAACCUGCCUAUGGAACACCCACAUCUUACCAUAGUGGGAACAAGAACAAUAGUAGACAAUUGAGAAAACUGAAGCUAUAAAACAAGGAAGUGAGUAGUUAGGAAACACUACUAUUAAAGGAGAAGGAAGAUUUAUCUAAGUCAAAUGCACUUACAUCCAGCAGAAAUGAAAAUAAAAAAUAUAUACUGUAUAACUUCAGCAAAAUUAAAUAACUAAAUGUUACAAGCAGCUUUGAUUGGUGUUAUUGCAUUUAAAGAAAAAAGUAUUAUAAUACUGCUUACAGCAUUACAACAUGAAU